AUGUCAAUCAUUCAGCAGCACACCAGCGCGACACUCAGCGAUGCCUGGCGCACCAUCAACAUCGACGCCCUGAACGAGGACUCCAGCGUCAACUUCGACACCUCGACCCUCCACCCCCCACAGCCCGAGAUCGACGAGGCGGAAGUGCGACAGCUUGCGGGCCAGGUUCGGCAGCUUCUGAGAGGAGGCGACGCCGAAGGCGCCUUGAGGGGAUGCUUGGAUACACCUGUCUACAAUGGAACAGAUGCCGCUAAGGACGCCCACCUGCAUACUAUCAUCGAGGUUCUCCAGUCGAUCAAGGCGAGCGAAAUGUCACCCCUGCUCAAGAGCCUCUACGCAUCCGAGGGCGGCGCCGAGUGCUUGGACGUGCUCAUGAAGUACAUCUACAAGGGAAUGGCCACGGUUCACCCUGGAAACGCCUCACGAUCACCGAACAAGGUCACGCCUGAGCCCACAGGCUUCUCCCAAAUCGGAGGACGACCUGGCGGAGCGAACGAGCCGGCGACGACGGCCAUGAGUGUGCUCCUCAGCUGGCACGAGAAGGUUGUCGAGGUUGCUGGACUGGGCUGCAUUGGACGAACCAUGACGGACUGGCGCAGGGUGUAG